UUUCAAACUAUUCAGCUUUGGGGUUGUUAAAGCUUGAACCACGACGGGGGAACGUGUACAGCAGUCCUUCUCAACUCACGAGAUUUAAUUAACGAGUUGUCGAGGGGGCUUGGUAUAUAAACCCCUCCCGUCGGACGCUCUUAUUUAGCGAGGGUAUUCUUGAACCGGUCUGGAUGGACGCUUUUGGUUCGCUGGAAGUUUUUUUCGUCUGGAAAGGUGUGCUUUAAAAAGGCGAGGAGGGGGUAAAGAGGUUCAUUCUGCAAAAGGUUACUUAGUGGAGUAGACGUGCAUACAUCGGACAUUGUAAAGCUUGAACUAACUGCGGAAACACGCACAUGCUUGCGGAGCAUAGAAGGGUCGCCAUUUUCUCAUCUCUUUAUCAGCUUGAAGAAGAAAAAAAAGUGUAUCCCACAUUGGCGAAUUUUUAUUUCGGGAAAGAGUCGAAUCAUCAUUUUUCAGAAAUCUGAAGCGUAUCUAUUGAAUUUUCUUGGAGAAAUUCGGAGGUUGUAUUUUGCCAACUAAACAUUUGGAUCCAUGAUGUCAGGAUAACUCCUAGGGUAGCCAUUUUACACUCGGUUAAAGUUGGAGGAUCGCUAACGCUCAACCAUUGAUUCUGGUAGAAAAGGAAACUCCACGCACCAGAAUGAAGUUGUCAAGAAACGAUUAAUCUUCUCUUGUUGGUCACCUUGAGUUAUGGACGAUAGUUGGAGGGGCGCUACAGGCGGCCACAGAAGCCGAUCAGGAACCCUCCGAGGAGCGUUCUCACUCUCACGAGGAGCACGCCUCACCAAGACUGUCUCACAGGAAAUCACCGGCAAGAAACACAAAGCCGCCAUCAUGAGUUCCAUCGACGACCCCACCAUGCCCAUCGACAAGAAAGUCGCCAUCGUUGGCAUCGGAUGCCGCUACGCAAACGGCAUCAACGGCGUCCGCAAGUUCUGGGAGAUGUUGGCCAAGGGGAUGGACUGUACCACGCCGCCUCCCAGUGAUCGCUUCGAUUCAUCUUUCUUCCUCUUCCCGGGAAGCAAGAUACAAGGGAAGAUGUACAACAAGUGUGCAGGGUAUCUAUCGCAGAAUCCAGAACACUUUGAUCGCCAGUUCUUCAGGAUAUCACCAGAGGAAGCCAAUCACCUGGACCCUCAAAUCCGUAUGCUGUUAGAAGUAGUCUGGGAGUCACUCCAGGACGCAGGUAUCCCAGCCCAUUCAGCCAGAGGUUCUAAGACUGGUGUCUACAUGGGAGUGACAGCUAGUGAGUACGGUGUACUCAUCGGCAUGCCAAACGACAACAUCAACCAGUACACCAACUCGGGAACCAACUCGUGCAUGACGGCAAACAGAGUUUCAUACGAGUUCGACUUCCGCGGACCGAGCUUUACAGUAGACACAGCCUGCUCGUCAUCCAUGUAUUCCGUCCAUCUGGCCUGCGAAGCAUUGAAGAAUGGACAAUGUGAGAUGGCUGUGGCGGGUGGUGUGAACGUCUCGUUGCUUCCCAUCACCAGCAUCGGCUUUUGCCAGGCGGGGAUGCUCGCCCCUGAUGGAAAAUGUAAGAGCUUUGACAAAUCAGCAGAUGGAUAUGCUCGAGGAGAGGGUGUAGGAGCCGUCAUUCUCAAACCUCUUCAACGCGCAAUCGAUGACGGUGAUAGAAUCUACGGAGUGAUCCGCGGUGGAGCUAUCGCGAAUGAUGGUCGCACUCCUGGUAUUGCCCUGCCAAGUUAUGAUGGUCAGGUAUCGCUCAUUGAAAAUGCGUAUAAAAAUGCAAACACCCUUCCAGAGGAAGUCGUAUACGUGGAAGCGCAUGGUACAGGUACACAGGUCGGCGACCGAACGGAAGCGAGUGCCAUUGGAGAAGCUAUGGGACUUAAUCGAAAAGUAGAACAACCACCACUCUACCUCGGAUCUGUCAAAUCAAACUUCGGACAUUCAGAGGGCGCUGCCGGUAUCGCUGGUGUCAUCAAGGCAGCACUGUGUUUGUAUCAUGAACAGAUCCCUAAGGUGGUUCACUUUAGGUCAGGAAAUGAGAGUGUUGACUUUGAAAGUUUGAACAUUAGAGUCCCCGGUGAGCUUACAAGGUGGCCAAAGGCUGCUAAGAAGCUUGUUGGGUGCAGCUCCUUUGGAUUCGGUGGAGCUAAUGCUCACAUCGUUCUCGAAGGAUACCAACAAGGAACCAACCGAAAUGAACGCUCAUACUCCUCGCAUGGUUCCAACGAAAGAGACUCUGGAAAACCUUCGAUUCUGUUUUUGUCGGCUGCGAGCAAGGACGCCCUCAAGCAACAUCUGGAGGAAUGGGGAAGCUACCUCAACGAAGUGAUCGGGAACGAUACAAGGGCUUACAACAAUGCCUUGUACACAGCAGCUGUCCGAUCCACACACCACCAGUUUCGAAUGGGUAUCAUCGCAAGGUCACCCAGAGAUGCUACAGAACAGGUCCGAUUGAAAAUAGACCAAGAUCCGAGGGUAUCCUACAAUGUCAUCGAAGGAAAAGCCCCGGAACCACACUUGUCAGUGCAUCGACUGGUAUUCGUUUUCUCUGGGAUGGGGUCGCAGUGGUGGGCCAUGGCAAGACAGCUUAUGGAUGAUGACGUCCAUUUCAGAAACAUCAUCAAGCGCAUCGAUAAGAUCUUGACAAAGUGUGGAGCUAAGUGGUCUUUGAUACAUCUACUCACAAGAGAAGCGGAUCGAGAGAAAAUCAACCAAACAGAAAUCGCCCAGCCAUGUAUCUGCGCCGUUCAAAUUGGUAUGGCAGAGUUCUACCGCAUCCGAGGCAUCACUCCAGAUGCCAUCGUUGGCCACAGCGUGGGGGAGGUAGCGGCAGCCCAUGCUGCUGGUCUCCUGGCUCUAGAAGAUGCUAUCCGAUUGAUCUACACCAGAGGGAGACAGCUCAGGAAAACAAGUGGGAUGGGAAGCAUGGUUGCCAUCCUGCACUCGGCAGAGGAAAUCCAAGCCAGACUAGAAAGCAGCGAGUAUGUCAGUGUCAUCGACGUGGCAGCAAUCAACAGCCCCAGUCAGAUAGUGCUUUCUGGUGACAAGGAAUCACUCGCUGCCUUCUCGGAGAAUCUCAGGCGAGAAGGGAUAAGGUGCGUGACGCUGAAGGUUAACAACGCAUUCCACAGCUACCAGCAAGAAGAGAUCAGGAAGGACUUCCUGAAGAAGGUCAAGUUCUUGGAUUCAGCGGCAGCUAGGGAGAACUUCAACAUGAUACCUGUUGUGCCUUUGAUAUCGACGGUUUCCAACCAGUACCUUGAUAGGGACCAGGUCAACAGCGCUGCCUACUGGUGGAAGAAUGUCAGACAACCCGUCCAGUUCAAGAUGGCAAUCGAGAAGCUCCUCCAAGAUGGCUACAAUUGCUUUCUAGAGAUCAGUCCGCAUCCUGUGCUAUCACCUGCUAUAAGGGACACUCUAGGAACAUCAGUGAUGAACAACAGCAACGUGUUUGUAACAGGUUCCCUUAGGAGACCAUCGGAUACCCGAGAGGUAGCAGAUGACAGAGUGAACCUCCUUCGCUCAAUGGCGAAACUUCAUGUUGAGGGCUACCCCUUCGAUCUUCAUCAUCUCUUCCAGGAGGGUCCUUACAAAGUGAUGUCACUCCCAAGCUACCCAUGGCAACGCGUCCUCUGUUCGGCAACUACACAGAAGAGUCACAAGAUGUUCAGGUUUCCCAUCAGUUGUCAUCCACUCUUGGGUAAGCAGCAGCACCUCUCACACUUCAGCGGAGAAAAUUCUCCAAGAGUGUGGAGAUCCAAGUUCUCGAAAUCAACUGUGCCCUGGCUUCGAGAUCACAAGCUUCAAGGUAACAUCGUCAUCCCAGCAGCUGCUCACACAGAAACUAUGAUUGCUGCAGCAAGAGAAGUCUACCCUGAUUCCGAGGUUGUAACGCUGAGGGAUGUGAAGUUUGAAAGAUUUGUGUUCGCCUCAGAGCUUGAGGGUGUCCUAGAAAUCAGUCUUGAGACAAGAUCACGGGAAGCUCUCUUCGCUCUACGUAGCUACAACCAAACAGAUCGCAGCUGGACACUUCAUAGUAAGUCAUCAAUUGAUGCACCAGGCAAAGUGCGCAACUCAAUUCAUCAGAUUGAGGAAGGAUUCCACUCCGUGAAGCUAGCAACAGACGACAUCAGAAGAAAAUGUCCUUAUGAGACCGAUCAACAAGAGUUCUACGCCAGGCUAUGGCGAGGCGGUUUCCAUCUUGGUGAGACAUUCAAGUGCGUCAACACAGCUUACUUCAGCCAUGACUACAACGAGGCGCUGUUGUAUGCAUCUGUGCCAGAGGCACUCGAGCGAGAAUUCAAGCUGUACAACUUCCACCCUGCACUCUUUGACAGUGUCUUCCAGGGCUUUGGUAUCUGUCAGAUGUUCCAAGAGCAAGAGAAAGCACGAACAACGAACUCAAAUUUCAGAACCUGGUUCCAAGUACCACGUUCUGUUCGUAAGAUACAUAUGAAGGGCAAGGCACCCACUCAAAUGGCAUUCCAUGUGAAGAUGACCAAAGCGAAUGGUAUCACAUAUGGUAAUGCCGUUGUUGCUGAUGCUACGAACCAGAGAGUUUUCGCACAAGUUGACAGCAUGAUGUUCGAGAAUGUACAUUCCAAUGAGCCAGAGGAGAGAGUUCAGUUGUGGAGAAGAGAAUGGGUACCAUUUCACAUAGAGGUUGAUGACAGUGCCCUUCGUGUCCCACAAAAGGUACCUCCACCAACCAGACCACUCAGUGCAAUAGGCUCAGAAGCUCCAGGUGCAAUAAUCAUCAUCAAGGACAAGCAAGGUGUAUCAAUGGAACUGAAACGGCGGAUGGAAGUUGAGAGUGUAGUUAGCGUCCUAGAUCCACGCAUUCUCAUUGACGGUGACGAGAGAUUCCGCCGAGUACUGCGUUCACUUGGUAUGGUGACAGACCUAAUCCUCCUCUCUCCCCUGGAUGUGAAGCAGUUUGGAGCGAUCGGAGGUAUCAGUAAGCAGAGCUUUGAAGAAUCACAGACGAUGACAGCACUCUCUCCCAUCAGCCUCUACCGAGCAGUCAGCCGACACGACACUAAACCCAAGCCAAGGUUGUGGGUUAUCACCAGAGGUGCACACUCUGUCAUGGAUGUUGACGUGGUAGACCCCAUGAUGGCUCCAGCUGGAUCAUUCGGAUUGACACUCAUGCAUGAAGACCCGGAGUUUCCUGUAGUGACUGUGGAUCUCCCGUCAUUACAAGAGCCUGAAGAAUCGGCACAUUGGUUAUACCAGUACAUGAAGUCGGCCCCGAAUGAGGAAAACUAUGUUGCUCUCAGGAGAAAGGUACCAGCUCCAGCUGGUGACGAUCCAAAAGAACUCGCCUUUGAAGCUCAUGCCAUGCGCAUCAUCAUGCAACCACAAUCAAGCUUCUCUGCUCCUACUCUAUCUACAAAUUGGCAGGUCGAUCUGAAUGAGAGCUUGAAACAGAAACGUCUCACGGUCAAGCAGAGUCAUGAAAUGCCAGCCAAGACAUCUGACAAGGAACUCGCCAUCAAAGUAACGGCUUUCUCUGUGCAGCAGCUAGUAGAUGCAAAUGACAGGAAGGUCGGAUGUGGAUAUCUCUAUGCCGGGAAGAUACUCAGCUGUAGUGAAGAGGUGCAAGUCAUGUUCAGAAUGAGAACCAACGUCCUUGGAUUUCGAACCGGAAAUCAGAUCACUGCAUCUCUCCACGCUAAGACAUCUGACUUAAUCCCCAUUCCAGCUAACCUCACACCAAUAGAGGCUAUCAACAUCGUGCGAGAUUACCUCCCAGCCUUCGUCGCUUUCCAUGAUACACUGAAACUCACAGAGAAUGGCACAGUUAUUGUCUGUUUAUCAUCUCUUAGUGAUCGAGUUGGCCUGGCGACGACACAUCUCGCACUUGAGCAGGGAGCUACAGUGUUCAUCCAUGUAGAAUCAGAUGAUGGAAACAUCUUACCCGUCGAGAAGCUCCUUGGAAUCCUCGGUGAUUCCAGAGUGGUUAUCACUUCGAAUGAGAACUUCAACACGCUCAUCAAUGACUUCUCUGUGGAUGUUCUGCUGUUUGCUGGAGAGCUUCCUCACGAUACAAGCAGUUUGAAGAGGCUAGUUGGGAAACUGCGGCCUUUCGGAACCAUUGUCCAGAUCCAUGGAAGAGACGCCGUUGCUGGGGAUUCUAGGAUCAGCAACUUGCCUCCUAACAUCUACUUUCUGUCUAUUGACAUGGCUCUUGGUCGGUUCGAGGAUAUGCGUGCACGCAUGCAGGAUGCAAUGUCCCGUCUCUUGCAUCUUUUCAGCGUCCACAAUGGCUUCCAGGCACUCAAGUCUCUCACGGUCCCAACUGCUCCAAUAUCUAAGUUGGCACGAUCUCCCCAUGCAUCACUCGAGGAGAUAACCGUCAACAUUGAUGAAGACAGUAUUCCUGCCACUUUGAAUUUCGAUGAUAUCCACUUCACUGCUAAUCCAAAGGCAUCAUUCUUAGUGACAGGAGGUUCCAAGGGAUUCGGACUAUCUAUGGUAGAGUGGCUGGUUCAAUGUGGAGCUCGUCAUGUCUACGUCAUCUCACGUAAUACACCAGAAGAAGAGACGAUCUUAAAAUUCAAAUCAUUCCGUGAUUCUGGAGCUAGGAUUACUCAUCUGAAGGUUGAUAUGGGGCGUGAGCAUGAAGUAGAGAAGGCACUCCUGGCCAUCAAGGACAACGAAGACCAGCCACUUGAAGGUAUCUUCCACUGCGCCACAGUCUACAAUGAUGCAAUCCUUCGUCAUAUGACUACUGAAGCUUGGAAUGACGUCAUGAUUCCAAAGGCGUACGGCUCACUGAUUCUUCACCAAUUGACAACCAAACUUGGUUUCCCAAUCAAGUACUUCGUGAUGAUGUCUUCGAUUGUAGAGAUGAUUGGCAAUGAAGGGCAAGGAAGUUACUGCGCUGCCAAUAGUUUCCUGUCCGCAUUAUGCAGCAUGAGAAGGAAGAUUGGCCUACCAGCCACUCUGCUCUGCCCUGGGGUAAUCAACACUCAUGGGCAUGCCGCACGUGAAGGGUUUGUGAAACGAUGGGAGAACGUCGGACUUGGAAGUCUACCUCCUUCAGAGAUCCUGAAAGGCCUGGGCUGCAUCCUAGCCACCGACUAUCCAGAGCUUGGCCUUACAGGUGCUGUUGACAGGCGUGAAUAUGCAAGAGCUUUUAGCGUCAUGCUGUCACAUCAUUUCAGUGAGCCUGGUGGUACAUUUUCCAUCCUCAAGUCACUUUUCCCUAACCGGGAUACAUUCCUGGCGGCUGACACUGACAUCAGAAUGCGGAUUAGGUUGCUCACGCCAACAGAGGCUAAGGGAGUGAUCUUUGCAACACUGUCAACUCAUUUGGUCGAACGUUUGGGUCUAAGUGGAGAUGUGUCUCAAGACGCGACACCCAUGUCCUUGGGAUUGGACUCCCACAUGUCCACGGAGUUGAGUAGCAUCAUCCAUGAGAACUUUGGUGUUACUUUGACAGCAAUGGAACUCCUCAAUGACAGCUUGACCCUCGGGAGCCUUACAGACACCAUCUACGAACGCGUUCUUUCCUGUGACGAUGAGGGAGAGGAGGCAUCAACACAGAUCACUCCGACACUGAAUAUUCGAAGUGAAAUGUGGUAUCGCAUUGAAGACAACCUUGAUACGCCGGCAGCACAGUUGAUCUGUUUCCCAUCUGUUGGUGGUGGCCCCACUAUGUUCCUGCCGUGGAAGAGUCAUCUGGCUGAGUACGACAUUCAGAUGAUAACGACGCAACUCCCUGGUUGGGAACGCCGUGAGCAUGAAAAACCACUUCAUAAUAUCAACGACAUCGUUAGUAAGCUGGCCGAGGCACUUAUGCCUAGACUGCUACAGGGACGCUUUGCUUUCUUCGGACACAGUCUCGGUGGUCUCAUCGCAUUCGAGUUGGCUCACUAUCUAUGGAAGAACUUCAAUGUAUACCCUGCGCAUCUCUUCAUCAGCGCCUGGUAUGCACCAACCUUGCCUUACCCACAUCCUGAAGAGCUAGAGGUGACAGGAGAUGUCUACAGGAAGAUGCAGCGCAUCCUGACCAGCCACCUGGAUUCAACCAGGACACCACUUCCUGAUGCCAUGCCAAUCAAGUUCAGCUUCCUUGAUCAGUCUGUUAUGAACAACGUCCGCCUCAUGACCCGUCUCAUUCCAAGCAUUGAAGCAGCCAUCAUUACCUGUAAGAAGUAUCGCUUCAGACACAAAGACAAGCUUCCUUGUCAAAUGACCGUCUUUGGAGGCAAGAGCGAUCCAUUCGUCAACCCCUCACUCCUAGAUGACUGGAGCAAGCAGAUCUCACCAGAAUCUCGAUUCAGGAAGGUCCUUUACCCUGGCAAGCAUAUGUACAUCCUCUCUGCUUCCAAGCAUCUCUUGAAGGAGAUUAUGAUUGCUAUGCGAGUGAUGCAGACUAACCAACAACCACCAUCCACCCCGCCACCUAUACCUGUAGCAGAUGUCAGGCCUUUGUCUGCUUCUCCUACCGUCGCAUCGGCUCCACCAGAUCCCAGCGAGGCUGAGCAUAAGCCGGUGCCUAAGCCUCGCAAAACAAGCUUCUCCUAAAUGUGAGUUCAUGCGAAAUGUUGAAGUAAUCAAAGAAAUAUAAGGACACUCGUAUGAAGGAGUGAAUAAGUAAAUCAAAUAGUAUUAUUCAUCAAUGAUUAUCGUGUUAAAACAUGCACUGUUUCUUGUGAUAUUAAUGUAAUUGUAUUUGAGAUGAUGUUGUUGAUGCUGACAUAAUUAGUAUUAUAGUGAUUUUGACAUGUAUGUGGUUAUAGUCCGCGUUUUUAACGAAUGGUGUAUCUUGUUGUCUUUGUGAUCCUCUCUAUUUCUCUAUCUUUCUCUCUCUCUAUUUCUCUUUCUUUCUCUCUCUCUUUCUCUUUCUCUUUUUUCUUUCUCUCUCUCUCUCUCCCUCAUUCUCUCUAUCUCUCUUUCUUUCACUCUCCUCCUCAUGCUCUCUCUCUCCCCUAUAGCCUCUCUAUAUCUUAAUCAUUUCUAUUACUUUCUUAUUUUAAUAUGUUAAGUAUUUCGCUUGUAAUGUAAUGAACUUUCGAUCGCUCAAUCUUAAUUGAUGAGGCUCGUAAAACGGCCGGGCAAUGUGCAAUACAAUGUAAAUAGAUUUGAACAAAUUGAUGUAAUAUGAAUGACAAUGAAUAUUUUCAUCUAUAUAUAUGUAUCAGAUGAAACAAUAUUGACGUUUAUUGCAUUCAUGAGAUUCUCACCGUGUCUUUCAAUUGUAAAUAUAUAAGUAGCUAACAUGUCGUGUAUAUUGUCAUAUAGAAAUGCUUCAAUGAGAUAUCAUUAAGAAACUGUAAAAUACGAUUCAAUUUAUAAAGUAUUACGAUAUUAAAUAAAUGUUAUAAUAUGCACUCUUUGGAAAUGAUAAAUUAGUUAUUCAUGUUCACUUUAGUAAAGUAUUUAUGGUAUAAUUCCCAGUAAGAUGUGUAUAAUGUCUAUGUUAUGUCAAUGUAAUGAUAUGAAU